AUGGCCAAUAUACCAAAAAAUUUACCAUGGGUUGAAAAAUAUCGUCCAAGCAAACUUGAUGAACUCGUCUCUCAUAAAGAUAUUAUUGAUACAAUUAAACGGUAUAUGGAGUUAGGACAAAUCCCUCAUUUAUUAUUUUAUGGUCCGGCAGGAACGGGAAAAACGAGCACAAUAUUGGCAUUGGCUAAACAAAUGUAUACACCAAAUGAAAUGAAAAGUAUGGUGCUCGAACUUAAUGCAUCUGAUGAUCGUGGAAUUGCCGUUGUUCGAGAAGAAAUCCAAACAUUCACAAGUUCAAGAACAUUACAUAAAAAAAAUAUUAAACUGAUAAUAUUGGAUGAAGCGGAUGCCAUGACAAAUGAUGCACAAAAUGCGUUACGACGAAUUAUUGAAAAAUAUACUGAAACAGCUCGAUUUUGUUUCAUCUGUAAUUAUCUACAAAAAAUAAUACCGGCUGUACAGUCACGUUGUACAAGAUUUCGUUUUGGACCGUUGACCAAUGAGCAAAUGUUACCACGUUUACAAAUUGUUAUCGAUAAAGAAAAUGUUCAAAUUGAUAAACCUGCUCAAAAAGCCAUUUUAACAUUGUCCAAUGGUGAUAUGCGACGAGCAUUAAAUAUUCUUCAGAGUACUCAUAUGGCAUCAGGUAAUGUGACAGUGGAUGCUGUUUAUGAUUGUGUUGGUCAUCCAUCUAAAACCGAUAUGGCAAUAAUUAUCAAUUUAUUGCUAAAUGAAAAUUUUACAGUAGCGUGUCAAAAAUUAUCAGCGUUGAAAACAUUGAAAGGUUAUGCAUUGGCUGAUAUAAUAACAGAAUUACAUCGUUAUGUUUAUAAAAUUGAUUUUACUCGUGAUAUUCGAAUACAUUUAUUAAAAAAAUUAGCUGAUAUUGAAUAUCGAUUGUCAAAUGGGGCAACAGAAAAAUUACAAAUUAGCUCAGUAGUUGCUGCAUUUCAACACGCUCGUGCUGUACCACCAACUGAAGCGGUAGCUUAG